AUGUCCCCAACUGGUUUAUCACCGGAUAGUUCACAAGCUGGUUCAAGUAAUUUUACAACAGCAUCAACGAAUAUUUCAAGAAAUUCUUCAAUGUCAACAAAUAAUAUAGUUAAACAUCAAAAACAUUUACAGAAUGCUUUUGAAGUUUUUGAAAAAAGUUUUAGUGCUUCUGCUGCUGAUCAAAAACAACAUGAUAUUACACCCCCACCUUCUCAUACUAUGGCUAUGGUAGUUUCAUCUGCUUUACUAAUAAAUCAAAAACUACGUUCAACAAUGAACCAAUUGGAUGAUGAUUAA